GGAUAAAACACUAUCUGUUAUUGGUGAGUGAGUGAGUGAGUGAGUGAGCGAGUAAGAAGCUCAGACAAGGACAUUUAAUCUCCCUGUUCAACUGUGUGGAUAUGUCAAAUUAUUUACUCAUUGGUAAUUUAAUAGGAUUUAGUGACAUCAUCAGUACAUGUAUCUAACUUGAAAAGUUUUGAAUCCAACCUGACAUCAUGACCUUUUCAGUUUUAAUGUGACAAUUAUACAACAAUUUUGGCAUCACUACUAGCUGAUCACUAUCUGCACUCAUACUAUUUAUACUCUUUUGGAAUAUUAAUGGAAAAAACAAAGUAUAUCUCUCAUUCCUGGAUAGGUAUAAGAUGUCUAUGUGCUGUCAAUAUAUGCAAAAGAGGAUGUGAAAGAGUUUGUUUUUCUCUUUCUGCUCUUUUAUUUUUAUGACAAAGUAUUAGUCAUUGAGAGGUCUAGUGUCUCAGGUCACCUUCCAGCAAAGAGGAAAUCUCUAAUCGAAAAUUAAAGGUCAGAUUGUCAAAUAGUGAUUUGUACAUAUCUAUGAUUUGUACAUAUCUAUGUUUACCAAAUGAACUAGAAGUACAAUUGAAGCUUUGCGGAGAAAGAGAAACAAAAGGAGAAAUAGGCAAUGAUUGAACUUUGUCAGCCUGUUGGAGGAUAUUGUUGGAGGAUAUUGCCUAAUCGAGAAAGAGGGACUGUUGUAACAUUUACCGCAAUGGCUUAAGAGAAGAACACGUUUAAGGGGAGACAGAGGAACAAGGUAUAGAACAUGUUGAAAUAUUGUAUCUUUGCGACACAUCCAUUACACAACAAAGGGUGUCAAAAUCCCUCUGAAACAAUAACAUACUUUUGUGAGAAUAAUGUGCCAUCGUAGGUAGUUUGGGGAACAAACUUUUCGGGGGAAAAAAAAGUCCACUCCAUACUUGUAAAUGACAUUAUAAAAUCCAACCAUUCCAUGGAAUGCCUGUAGACAUGGCAUCUAAAGGUACUCAAACAUUUGACAUAAAUUAGGAAUGUUUAUUGACCAUCCUGACAUAUAUGGAUUACAAUGAUAAGUUAGCCUAUAGAAGGAAAAUAUAUCAUAACCCUGCUUUCCUUUAAUCGAAAACAGGAAAUUGGCAUUCUCAUUUGCGUUUACAAGCAUACUAAAUAAUGACGCGAGAGAGCGACAUGCUAGCCGGUGACAAAAUAAAUCACUCCAAAUGUAAUAACUUUUUUUCUGUCCGUCUCCCUCUGUCACUCUCUCGCUCUCUCUCCUGUCACGCUCUGUCUGUCAGUCUAUCUCUCUGUCACUUUCUCUUUCUCUCUCUCUCAAGGCAGCAAGGGACAUUUAGGAGCCAUAGGCAAUUAGCUCCCUGCAAUAAUAAUAAGGUGAAACUCUGCAUAGGGAGGAAGAGCGAAGUGGAGGCCUUUAUGCAGACAGAUGAUAAGCAGUAAAUAGAAGGAGACUUCAAUGGCCUCACAUCACGCAUCCACUACAUUGGUUGCAUCCCAAAUGUUGGGAAUAGGGUGCCAUUUGGAAAGCAGGCGUCUUUUCCGUCCCCUACUAUAGGCCAAAAAUAUACAGGUUAGGACAAGGGGAUUCUAAUAUCCCAUAAAUCUUUGCAUAAUUGCGGAAAAAGUCAAUACAAUGGGAUCAGCAAUACGAGCAAAAAAUGACUGGAAGUUAAUGUUAGCAGUACAGAAAAUGUGUCAUCAAAGUGGAAAAUAAACAUAAUUGUAAUGAAUUUCAUCUAACUACUCAGCAAAAAAACAUGGCAUAACUGUUUUACUGUCAUUCUAUUAAUUUAAACGUUUUUCAGAUUAUCCACAUACAAUGUAUUACUAUUAAUUUUCAGACCGCUGAAUGGUAACCAAAGGGUAGCCAAAUUCAGAAACACAUUUCAAUUUCGACUGUUCUAUCGCAGUUAUUUCCCUAUUUCAGUGAUUUUUAAUAUUAAUUGACGAUAAAUAAUUUGUCAACGUUUCAGAACCUGCAGAGCCUUGGUAGACUGGCAGAGAGACAGGCAUGUUUGAGAGAGGGAGGGAGGGAGAGGGAGAAAGGAGAGAGAGAGAGAGAGAUCUCAAGGAUGUACAUGUUACCGUCCUCAAAUGAGCAAUAAUCGAAUUCCCAACACACACUCUCAUUGGUCAUGGCAUCCUCCAUCUUAGCUAUUAGGGCCUAGUUACAUUACACCUAGUUGGCAUAUGUAUUCUAGCCAAAUAACAGUAAUGGGGGCAAGGCUGUGAUUGGUCCAUUGCCAGAGGGUUGCCAAUACGUUUCACAAGGAUGUCAUUUUCUCAGUUAUUUUCCUAUUUCAGUGAUUUUAGAUAUUAAGUGAUACAUUAUUUGGCAACUGUUCAGAAACUGCAGAGCAUGGCAUUUUGAGUGGUGCAGUAGUCUAAGGCACUGCAUCACAGUGCUAGCUGUGCCACUAGGCUCUGUCGCAGCCGUCCGCAACCGGGAGACCAAUGAGGCGGCGCACAAUUGGUCCAGUGUCGUCCGGGUUAAGGGAGAGUUGGGCCGGCAGGGAUGUCCUUGUCACAUCACUCACUUGCGACUCCUGUGGCGGGCCAGGUGCAGUGCACGCUGACACAGUUGCCAGUUGCCAGGUGCACGGUGUUUCAUUCGACACAUUGGUGCGUCUGGCUUCUGGGUUAAGUGGGCAUUGUGUCAAGAAGCAAUGUGGCUUGGUUGGUUUGUGUUUCGGAGGACGCACGGCUCUCGACCUUCACCUCCCCCGUGUCCAUACGGGAGUUGCAGUGAUGGAACAAGACUGUAACUACCAAUUGGAUACCACAAAAUUGGGGGUAAAAUAAAAUAAAAUAAGAAACUGAAAGGCCUUGGUCCACUGGCAAAGAGACAGGCAGGUUGAGAGGCUUGUAACUGGAGAGAGAGCAAGAGAGAGAACGAGAGAGAGAGAAAUCAAGGAUGUACAUGUCAACACCCUCAAACAAGCUAUAAUCUAAUUUCCGAACACACACACUCAUUGGGCAUGCCAUUCUCCAUCUUAGCCCUGAGGGCCUAGUUACAUUUCACAAGAGGUUUCACAAGGAUGUGGUUUUCAGUUGCCUGUCACCAGUAUGUGCCUGCUCAGCAUGGAGAUAACACAGAGGUUUUAAAAACAAGUGUCAUAUUCAUUAGGCACCGAACGGAAGAAAAAGAAGAGAGACAAGCUGAUCUUGUCCAAUAAGAAGCGCUCAAAUUUCAUUUUGCAUUGUGUAGUGUUGUUGCUACAGUGUACCUGAAGGGGACAGUCCCAAAUGACAGAGAGGAAAUAACCGACCUCUCUUUUUCCUCACAGAACAUAUAGAGACACAAGCAUGACCUGAGUGAAUCGGCUGAUGGCCAUCUUGCCAUUGGUGAUUGGUGCACUCUGAUCUUUAGACUUUAGAAUCAGUCUUUAAGUCAUUAACAAAUUUCCUAUGACUGAGGAAUUGUGAGUAUCCCAAGUGUUUCUUUGUUUGUCAAAGACAGCUGUCUAAUCUUUAUUUCCCUCGUAAUUUCCGUGUAUCAGUUGUGGAUGAUGCAUCUUCGCUCAUGUCAGCUUGUACUGUCAAACAGUAUAUUCAUGACAGGUUAGAAAAAUAUAUAGUCAUUAUCAUUUCCAUUACAAUUUAUACACUGCUGUCCAUAAGAGCUCUGGAAUUUCAAAUGUUGUUUUGAUUCCAUUGAAUGCAAUGUACUUUCACCCGUUCUUCUUCAAAAUCACUCAUUUCACAUCUUCCCCUCUCACAGGUUUGUAUCACCAUGGCAUCAGCCUGGAUAACAAUGUUUGCCACGCUGCUGCUGGCUUUUGUGAACGGAACGAAAGAUGAGGUUCACACGUCUCCAUCUGUGCGGGUACACACUUCCACCCCUGUGGUGGCCUUAGGGUCACCGGUGACUGCCUCUUGCAUCAUCAGAGAUGACUGCCCACUCAUAAAGGGGGCAGUCUGGCACCUCAACCACAUUGUCUGGCACCUCAACCAACGCCUUAUUCCCAGCAGUCCUGCAGCAGCCAAUGAGAGUGGUAGAACCUCUGCAGCGGCGAAUGAAAGUGGCUGGAUCUCCACCGUUUUAUAUUCUGUGGCCAAUCAGAGUGGCUGGAACUCAACAGUGUUUAUACCUAGCUUCACAGACACCAAGGGAUAUCUCACGUGCUGUGUCCUCCACACCUUCCCGUGUCAGAUCGUAGGAGCAGUGGAGAUAAGAGCUGGAUUUCCACCCACAGCACCACAGAACCUUAGCUGCCUGACUAACCUGACCAAGCCGGAAACCCUCUCAUGCCAAUGGGACCCAGGACAGGACACCCACCUGCCCACACAGUACACUCUCUACACUGAGAUCAGGGACUUACCAGAGAGCAACACGUACAUGCUGCCGCCAGGGGUACAUCACUACAAGAUACCACGGACCGGCUUUGUUCUCUUCUCAGAGAUAGAAAUAUAUGUCAAGGCGGUGAACGCCUUGGGUCAAGCCACCUCAACACCUUUGCUUCUGGAGCCAAUGGAGUCAGCCAAGUUUGACCCUCCAAAAGUUCUGAAGGUCCAAGCAGAGCCAAACAGGUAUGGCUGCCUAAGUCUCAGCUGGGGUCUCUCUGAACAGCAAGCGUGGGUGACCACUGUGACCUUGGAGGUGCGACUGAAAACAGCAAACAGGAAGCAGUGGAGUGAAGAACCAGUCCCAGUGCAACGCUUAAUGCGCCAGAGACCCAUGGAGGUGUGUCGUCUGCUCCACGGGACAGAGUACCACAUCCAGAUACGGGUCAGGUAUCAACAGAGUCCAUGGAGUGAAUGGAGUAACAGCAAUACUGCAGUCACGCUUGAGAGGGCUCCCACCGGACGACUCAACUCUUGGAUGAAGGAAUCUAGGGAGCAGAGGCAUAAGUCUCUCAGUCUACACUUGUUUUGGAAGCCAUCGAAGCAGUUUCGUGCCAAUGGCAAGAUCCUGUCCUAUGUUGUCUCGCGCCAGAGACAACCCCUGAAAAAGGGACAGCUGUGCAUCACAUUGGAUAGCCACUGUGUUUUCCAGCUUCCCAGGGGCACAAGGAAAGUGUUCCUCAGCGCUGGGAACGCUGCAGGGACAUCCAGCCCUACGGAGGUGGAGGUGUUUCAACACAGAGCUCUGGCAGCAGUCUCUGACGUCAAUGUCCUUCCUCAUGAUGAGAGAUCUCUACUGGUCCAGUGGACAAGCAUACAUUCAUCCAGUGUCACAGGCUAUGUGGUGGUGUGGAGACCAUUGUGGAAAAUGGACCCUUCCCUCAUCUUGUUUGACCACAUUGACAGGAAUCAAUCCAGCGCUCUAAUAUCAGAGAGCAUUGAGCCAUACAAUCCCUAUGAGAUCUCUGUGUAUCCAAAGUAUAAGAACGGGAUUGGCCUUCCUCAAACCGUCGAGGCGUACUCUAGACAAAAGGCCCCAUCUGCCGCCCCAGAUCUGAGGGUGAGGGAGAUUUUGCAUUCUCGUAUUGAGCUUACUUGGGAGGAGAUUCCACUAUGCCAGAGGAAUGGGAUCGUGCAGAGCUACCAGAUCUUCUACUGGGAUGAGCAGGGAAACACCAAAGUUGUGACUGCUGAGCUGGAAAAGAGGAGGGUGGUUCUACGAGAGCUUGACCGUUCAUCCUCAUACAAAGCCUUUAUUAUGGUUAGCACAGGUGGCGGGAGUCUGAACGGAUCAGAGGUUACACUCAAAACUGAACCAAUGGACGACUUGGCUAUCAUCUUGAUAGUUAUUUCCUCUGGUGUUGGGCUGUCAUUGCUUAUCAUUAUCUCAGUUCUGGUCUGCUUCUCAACACAUGAACGGUUGAAGAUGUGCUUUUGGCCCAAGAUUCCCGACCCUGCCAACAGCAGCAUCAAGAGGUGGAACACAUUGGAUUCAAUGCAGGAUACUCCCCCUGUUGAGGACAUGCAGGAAUCCAGCCUGGUCUAUCUCUCAAAUCUCAGCCUCCUGGACCUGCCCAAGAAGGUUCUUGAGAAGAGGGGUGGCGAGAUCACCGAUGACCCCUGGUGCCGCUGCAGUGACACCAGUGACCUGGGCGAGUCCAUAUGUGGCUCCCCCCAAGCCCUCAGCCCUAGCUACAUAGGGUCACAUCAACACUCUGUUCCGUAUGCCACUGUGGUCUUUGAUAGCCCAUACUCAAUUCAGCCACCAAGCCAAUCCCAUGCCUACCUGCGCUCAGAGUCCACACAGCCACUCCUGGAGGAGGACCUCGAGGAACCCUCUAGCCCAAAGGAGUACCAGAAUGUUCCCGUCCAUGGGACAUCUGGGGAGCAAGUUUCCUUUAGAGAAUGCCUGAAUGACGGCCCAGGAAGGGGAGAGUUAUGCAUUCUUUGGGAUGACUUUCCCUUGCUUAGGGCUUUGGCAAUGAAUGAUGUUCGAAGUCAAACCUAAUCAGUGGUAUUGAGAUUUUGAAAUGUUUGCAAGUAUUGUGAGAUGUAUGUCACAGAAUGGCAGAUACAUGUUCAACACCAAUGAUGUUUUCAAGACAGGGACAACAUGAUUAUCCAGUUUGGGAAUGUUAGUGCUACAAAAAAAGUGCACUGAAAAAUAGCAAUUAAUAAAGUUCAUGUGUGUUCACGUUGAUCAAUAUUUUGUCUCUUCUGGUCUGACGUUAAUCAUAAAAUAAAUGUCUGAUCAAUACAUACAA